AUGGGCAAAGUUCAUGUACCCCAAAGUCGAUCAUCAACACUUGUGGACAAUGAUCAUGAUUGUUACAUUUUGGAAGGAAGUCAAAUCAUUGGUGAUGAUGAUCACGAUUACUACGUGUCGGAGUCUGAAUACACACGCCUGAAAGUCUGA